AUGGAUUUUAAUCCUUUUCAGGACAAUUCAAAGUUUGUUGAUCUACUUUGUAGUCAACAAAAUGUAGUGUUUGGUAAUGUACCGGAUUGUGUAGAAAUACCUUCAUCGCAAGACACGCCUGCAAAAGGGAAAGAACGGAGGGCUUGGACGCCAACUGAUGACCUUGUGCUCAUAAGUUCGUGGUUGAACACGAGCAAAGACCCCUUAGUAGGGAAUGAGCAAAAGUCAGCUGCUUUCUGGACUAGGAUUGCAGCGUACUUCUCGACUAGUCCAAAGCUGGCUGGCUGUGAGAAAAGGGAGGCAGCUCAGUGUAAGCAUCGUUGGCAGAAGAUCAAUGACUUAGUGUGCAAGUUUUGUGGAGCUUAUGAAGCUGCAACGAGGGAGAAAACUAGUGGACAAAAUGAGAAUGAUGUUCUCAAAGCUGCACACGAGAUCUUCUUCAACAACCAUAACAAGAAGUUCACCCUUGAACAUGCUUGGAAGGAGUUUCGAAAUGAUCAGAAGUGGUGCGAUGUUGCGACGGCUAAAAAGGAUGGAAACUGUAAAAGGAGAAAGUGUGAGGACGGUUCACAUAUGGGAAGCUCUCAAGCAAUUGGAACCGAAACUGGUGAAGAGGAUCAAGUCAGCAAACGUCCCAUGGGUGUGAAGGCAGCCAAAGCCCGUGGUAAGAGGACGAUGGUAGAGGAGAAGGACUUGGAGGAGUUUCAUAGCAUGUGGAGGAUAAAGAGAGAGGAUUUGGCAGCCAAAGAAAGGCUCACCAAGAUGAGGCUUCUAAAUAGCCUAAUAGCUAAAAAAGAACUUGCUGAGUAUGAAGAAGAGUUGAAGAAAAAACUCAUUAAUGAGUUAUUGUCUAAUUAG